UCUUUUAGACCAUCUUGGAACUACCUCUCUUCUCAAACCACCAGCUCUCUACUCAGUUUUAAAACCAACUAAAAUGGCGUCCAAGUUUCUCAGGCUUCAUCUUCAAACCUCCAAAAACCCGACUCCAUUCCCUACCCAGCACCACAACCACCAUUCUCAUCUUGCUUUCAUCAACUCAAAUGCCUCCCACAGGUACAAGAUCCCCUCUCUAUCAAUUCAGUCCUCCCUCUCCUCUUCCACACCUCCCUCCUCCAAAGAAGAAGCCAUCCUCCAAGCCAAAACAUGUCUUUCCACCUGCUUAGAGAAGCCUCUCAACAAUCCCAAGCUAGCAGGCAAGCUCAAGAAGCUAAAACAACCCAGGUUCCGAGUUGAAAUCCCACUCAUUGAUGACUCACCAUCAUCUCUUUCUCAACUAGCUCUUGAUAUCUUUAAAGAUAUGUCCAUCAGAAGGAAAGGUUCUCUGGUUCAGUUUUUAGUGUUUUGGCCUAAUGUAAGCUUAAAAGAAGCUGGAAUCCAAGCAUUUGAAUCAUGUCCAUUGAGCCAUAUUGAACAUAUUGACUUGGCUACAGUUAACAGAAAUAACAGAAUUUUGAGUUCUGCUGAUGUAGCAGUUUUUCUGGCUCCAGAGCCUUCGCAGCUUGCUGUUAUAAAAACAAUAGCUGACAGUUUGUACCCAAAGCCGAUGGUGAUUUUCAACCCCAAAUGGAGUUUUGAGGAAGAGAGUGGCUUUGGUGAUUUGAAAGGGUUUGUAGGAUCUUUUGAAGUGAUUUAUUCAUUCAUGGGCUUAGAGGUUAGGGGUGUUGUGAGUAAAAGGAAAGGAAUGGUUUUCAAGUGUGUUAGGGAUGGUGUUUUGAGUGGAGAGCAAUGGGCAGUUCUUGUUGAAGAAGAUGGUGCAAUGAAGGUAGUUUCAAGGUUCAAGUCGCGGCCAGGGAUUGAGGAAGUUGAGAAUGUGUUGUAUAAUUUGAUGGCUAUCAAUUCACCUAUUACAAAAUCUGCCAAGUUCUUGAGGGACUUGGUGUCUAAUGUUACUGGAAAAAAGUAAGUGUAGUUGGAUUUCCAAGUUUGAUCUAUCAUGAUCUUUGCCCUCAUGGUUUGAGGAGUUUUAGAGCUAUCUGUUGAAUUUUUAUCAAUGCAAUUGACCGCUAGUUGUAUUGAACCUUGUGCUUCUCUGAAUUUGACUUUCAUGCUACUUUUCUACA